GCGGCAGGUGGCGGUUCGUGUAUUUCCGGGUGGAACGAAGCUCCUCCGGUCCAACCCACCGAUCACCAGCUGCUUCAGCCCCCACCCCCCAGCGAGCAGCCACACCGGGGCACAACGAACAGCACCGACCGACCGACCGCCAACGCAGCGCCGCGGUUCCCGUCCUGCAGCUGAGGGGAGACGCGGCGGCGGCGGCAGACAUGGCAGCGUCGCUUCUCUCCGAGACCGACAUCAGGCACCGGUCCAUGGCGGAGGAGGAUCCGAACGGAAACGAGCACGGGGCGGCAGCGCGCUGCGCGCUACCCCGCUGGGGGCCACAGCACGCCGGGGCUCGGCAGCUGGCCCGGCUUUACUCGCCAGGGAAACGUCUCCAGGAGUGGGUGUGCGUCAUUCUGUGCCUCUUGCUUUUUAUCGUCAACUUCUCUUUCCUUCUUCUGCACUUCUCCACCGUCCACAUCUACAAGAUCGUCCUCAGCAUCGUCCUUGGAAUCGUGACAGCAGACUUUGCAUCGGGGGUGGUCCACUGGGGUGCCGAUACUUGGGGAUCGGUGGACAUUCCUGUAAUAGGCAGGGCGUUCAUUCGACCCUUCAGAGAGCACCACAUCGAUCCAACAGCCAUCACUCGCCACGACUUUAUUGAAACCAACGGUGACAACUGCAUGAUCCCCAUCCUCCCUCUGGCUCACAUGGCCUACAAGUUCCUCACAUGCACACCAGAGACCUUGGCAGUGUCCUUCCCUUGGAACUGCUACGUCUUCGCCUUGGCGGUUUUCGUGACGCUGACCAACCAGAUCCAUAAGUGGAGCCACUCCUACUUCGGCCUCCCGCGCUGGGUCACGCUGCUGCAGGACUGGCAUCUGGUGUUGCCACGGAAACACCACCGCAUCCACCACGUGUCUCCACAUGAAACGUACUACUGCAUCACUACAGGUUGGUGCAACUAUCCUCUAGAUCAGCUGGGCUUCUGGAGGCGGAUGGAGCGGCUGAUAGAACGCGUGACGGGUCAGAAGCCGCGCUCAGACGACAUGGCGUGGGCAAAGAAGACUGACUGAUGACCACGGAGCGGGAGGAAGGGAUGGGCGUGCGGACUCAACACGAACACAGAAAUGCCAGAGACGGACAUUUGACUCUUUUUGCUUCAUUUGCUAACGAGCAAACGUAGACAGAAAACUAGCAGGGGGCGGGGCUUCACAGCUCCUGGGUGUCUGCGGCGGUCAGCCGGGGGUGCAGGACUGUUUGGGUGAUCAGAUCUGGUGUGUGUGUGUGUGUGUGUGUGGAGGGGGGGGGGGGGGGGGGGUGUUCUGGAGGUUGGGCUCUCCGGAAGUGACAACACCCACUCAAAUGCAAAACCUAACAGAUUUUCAAUCUCGGUCCUCCUGUUGUGUGUGUGUGUGUGUUUUUUUUAAAUCUUUUAUUUAUUUUGUUUAAAUUUCGGCACUAGCGUUAAACAUCAUUAUAAAGUCCCACCCUGAACCCCCCCCCCCCCUGCUGUUUGUAUUAAGGACAUGCCGAAAGCAAUAGGAGAGAGCCACUUUAAAAUACACACAAAAAUGUAACUGAAUGUUCAUUUUUUUAGCUUUACAACAAGUUUUUAGUCUAAACAAACAGGAGUUUGCUUUAAAACUCACCAGUUUGCUCUCAUUCUUUUCAGGAUCUGUUUUCCUCUUAAAUUUAAUGGAGUUUUUCGGGGGGAGGGUUUUAAUCAUUGAGGGACUGGAUGGUUGUUGGGCUGUCGUCUAAGGUGUUUGGAGUGGGGAAAGUGAAAUGCCUUGGAGCCGAUUCCUGCAGGAAAAUGUCGGGUUUGGGUCUUGGAUUUAAUAAUAAAUAAAGCAGCAGAGCUUUAGUGCCCAAAAGCAUCAAAGUAACACGAAAAAGGAAGAACUCGACGCCUGGUUCAACGAACGUUUCAGAAGAGGUCAGAGGGAAAAGUGACACUUCAGUUUAUUUGAUUCUGUAUUUCUGUGUCGGUUUGUUUAGUUCAUAUGAAGUGGAUUCUACUGAUGUCUCUGUCUUAACAAAUCUGCUCUUUUACAGCUGGAAGAUUUUGUUUCUGGAUGAGAUGUUGAGUUUUAGAGCUUUGUCAUUAAGUAUAUACGUUUCAGGAAAACCAGACUAAAUGAGGUUUUAGUGAGCAUCACACCAACUCCAGGAUUCUACUCUGAAGAUUUUAAAUUCCUUUGACAGAAAGUGAUCAGAGAGGUGAAAAUGCUGUUUUCAGAUUGUGAUUCAUGAAAACGAAACAAUGACAUUUCAUCAAAGCCUGUUCUGUGACAGUAAACACAGAGACAUUUUCAUUUGGGUUCAACAGUUUUGUUCGUGAUCCUUCCGUCAUGAACACAAACAAAAAAAAAUCCCAUCUUAGUUUAUUAAUUAAAAUAAAAAAAAAUGUUCUUUUUGUUGAAAAGAUCAAUGAUUGACACCAUUUUCGCUUGAUUUUAAACGGACGUAAAUGCAAUUAGGAACCUAUUCUUUAACAAUAGAAACUGAGUUUGAACGUUUUCUUUAGUGUCACAGGAAUCUUUCUGAAAGAGAGGAAUCUGUUCAAUUUUCCCUCAAAUCAGGUCAAAGAUUUUCUCCCCAGUCUGAGCAGAUACUGGUUGACUGGUUUUAAAGGUUUUACUGCUUGAACCGCCUCAGAUGAUCAGAACACAGCACCUGCACUUUAUUCUUUUCUGUUUCUCUCUCUGGACCGUGUUUCGGCUGUGUGCGCUCGCCACACUUCUGUGUUUCAGUCUCUUUUCUGGCUUUAUAAUUUUCUAUUUUUUUUCUAACGAGAUGGAGUUUUGGGAGGUUCAGCACUGACGCUCCAUCUCGCAGCUCGCCGCUCAUCUGCCUUAAUGUUUUUACCUGCCAUUUGGUUUGAAUAAAGGUUUAGUAAGUCCAGG